AUGGAGACAAUCCGACUGCUAUUUUCUUUAGCAGCACAACACGGAUGGAGGAUACAACAGAUGGAUGUGAAGUCGGCAUUCCUGAAUGGAAUUCUGGAAGAAGAGGCUCCCCGAGCCUGGAAUGAAAGGAUAGACACUUAUUUCAAGAAGAAUGGUUAUGAACAGUGUCCAUACGAAUACGCUCUGUAUUUAAAAAGGUACAAAGGAGAUGUGUUGUUUGUUGCUCUAUAUGUGGAUGACCUGAUAUUUAUGGGAAGUAAAGUCGAGCUUGUCGAGGAGUUUAAAGAAGUGAUGAAGAAGGAGUUUGAGAUGACUGACUUAGGCAUCAUGAAAUACUUUCUGGGUUUAGAGGUGGAUCAAAGCACAACAGGUAUCUUUGUGUCCCAAAAGAGGUAUGCUGAGGAGUUACUAAUGAAGGCAAAAAUGUCAAAAUGCAACCCGGUUUCUACCCCCAUGGAACCCGGCACGAAAUUGUCCAAAAAUGGAGAAGGAGAUAAAGUUGAUGCGACUAGAUAUCGAAGCUUAGUUGGAAGUCUGAGGUACUUGACAAACACAAGACCAAACCUAAUGUUGAGCGUAGGAAUCACAAGUCGCUUUAUGGAGGAACCAAGGUACUCGCAUUGGAAAGCACUAAAGCGGAUACUGAGGUAUGUAAAGGGAACCAUGUCAUUUGGGCUGUUAUUCACUAAGUCGGACAACUACCGACUUACUGGAUACUCGGAUAGUGAUUGGUGUGGAGACAUGGACGACCGGAAAAGCACAGCAGGGUAUGUAUUUUUCAUGGGGAACACAACUUUUACUUAG